GAGAGAGAUAAUCCAUCUCUCUUUCCCUAAUCGCUUUUUGUGUGACUCUUCUCCGGCCCAUCGCCGGUAAAGAACACCGUGAAAAUGGUCGGUAAAGUAGUUGUAUCGGUUAUUUCCAUCAUCCUUGUCGUCGGCGUCGUCAUCGGCGUCGUCGCGGGAGUCCACAAGUACGGGUCUGCUGGAGACUCCGCCGAGAAGUUGACGCCGCAGAUGAAGGCGGUUUCCUCCAUCUGCGCGCCGACCGACCACAAGGAGCUCUGCAUGAAGAGCCUCGGCGCGUACGCCGCCAACGCCACCACCGACCCUAAGGAGCUCAUCAAGGCCGCCGUGCUCGCCACCCUUGAUGAGAUGAAGGGCUCCUUCAACUUCUCCGAGUCUCUGGCCGCCAGUGCCACCGAAGCCCCGGUCAAGAUGUCGCUGGAUGACUGCAAGGACCUGUAUCAGUUCGCCAUCGACGAGCUCCAGGCGGCUUUCUCCUUCGUUGGGGACAGCGAUCUCCACACCGUGAACGACCGCGUCGCCGAGGUCCAGAACUGGCUCAACGCCGUCGUGUCGUACCAGCAGUCCUGCUUGGAUGGUGUCGACGACGCGAAGCUCAAGGCCGACUUGCAGAACAACCUCCAGAACGCGACGCAGCUCACGAGCAACGUGCUUGCCAUCGUCUCGGAGAUAUCCAAGGUCCUCGCUGCCUUCGACAUCAAGCUGAACCUCACUCCCAACUCCCGCAGGCUGAUGAGCAUGGACGAGGGCGGUUACCCUUCGUGGUUUUCGGCCGCGGACAGGAAGCUGUUGGCCAAGGUGGACAACAGGAGGAUCGUCCCGAACGCGGUGGUGGCCAAGGACGGGAGCGGGCGGUUCAGGACAAUCGCGGCGGCGCUUGCGGCAUACCCCAAGGGGCACCGCGGGAGGUACGUGAUCUACGUGAAGGCCGGCGUGUAUGACGAGUACAUCACGGUGAACAAGGACCAAGUGAACGUGUUCAUGUACGGAGAUGGGCCGAGGAGGACCAUUGUGACCGGUCACAAGAACAAGGCCCUUGCCGGCAUUUCGACAUGGCAAAGCGCCACCUUCUCUGCCAUCGGAAACGGAUUCCUUUGCAAGUCCAUGGGAUUCCAGAACACAGCCGGAUACAGGGGCGAGCAGGCGGUGGCGCUCCGCGUCCAGUCGGACAUGUCCGCCUUCUUCAACUGCCGCAUGGACGGUUACCAAGACACCCUCUACGUCCAGACCCACAGACAGUUCUACCGCAACUGCGUCAUCUCCGGCACCGUGGACUUCAUCUUCGGCGACUCGGCGACCGUCAUCCAGAACUCCCUCAUCAUCGCCCGCAAGCCCGGCCCCGGCCAGCUCAACACCAUCACCGCCCAGGGCCGCGAGGAGCGGUUCGAGACCACGGGGCUCGUCCUCCACAACUGCAGGAUCGUCCCCGAGCAGAAGCUCUACCCGCAGCGGUUCGCCAUCAAGACGUACCUCGGCCGCCCCUGGAAGCAGUACGCCCGGACCGUGAUCAUGGAGUCGACCCUUGGCGACUUCAUCCACCCGGCCGGGUACCUGUCGUGGAACGGGGACAACACGUGCGUGUACGCGGAGUACGGCAACCGCGGCCCGGGGGCGCGGGCCAGCGGCAGGGUGAAGUGGAAGGGCGUCCGGGUGAUCAGCAAGAAGGAGGCUCAGGCUUUCGCCGCCGGUCCGUUCCUUCAGGGACGCCUGUGGUUGAAGUACACCGGCUUCCCGUUCAUGCUCGGGUUGAGGUACUAGGGACAGCAACCUCUUAGAGGAUUGAGUGAAGAGUGAUUGUACGGCCAUUUGUACCUUCGAGGAAUCCAUGUGAAAUUACGAAAAUGCCCGAAUUACUUG